AUGUGGGCUGUGGCUCUCACACGCGUGCAGGUCACUGGGCAGACACUGGUAGACGAUACUGCUGUGAGCGGGUUGUCGACGUGUGUGCUGCAAUGCACAAGCACAGUCUUCAAUGCCUACAAUUGCCAACCUUCGCAGCCAUGUUUCUGCGAGAAUAUGGAGGUACAGAACGCCAUGAUGGAGUGUCUGAAAGUCAACGAUUGCCCAUUCUCGGACCAAUUAGCCUCCUCCAGAUUUCGAGCAUACCGAUGCGCUACUCCGACACGCGAUAGAACUCAGCUGUUAUCCAUUGUCGCCUAUGUCUUGUUCGCAGUCACUACCAUUUUCACCAUUGCGAGGCUGGUGGCACGACUUGCUGGAGCAGGCUUUGGAUGGGAUGACUUUAUGGCAGUCGCGAGCUAUGCACCAUUGAUCGGCUUCUUCGUGGCAGGAUAUUUCACGUUACAGAAUGGCAUGGGCAAAGAGAUCUGGACAUUAAGCCUCAGUGAUAUCGUGGACUUUACCAAGUGGUUCUACAUUGCCAGCGUCCUAUACGUGCUUGUGAUCUUCAGCACCAAGAUAUCGCUUGUCCUCUUCUAUCUCCGGACAUGGCCAACUGCUGGAGGUCUGCGGAAACUUUGGUGGACAUCCUUGGGCUUGCUGGGCGCUGCCUUGAUCAGCUUCGAGGUCUCGGUCAUCGCUCAGUGUCGUCCCAUAGCAUCGCAAUGGAACUCUUUGCAGGAUCCGGAUCUGCUGAGUCAAUGCGUGGACAGACAGAUCUUACUCUGGGCUCUAGCAGGUGUAGACAUUGGGUUCAAUGUGCUCGUCCUGCUUUUGCCUAUCAGAAGUAUAAUCAGGAUGAAGACAACCCCCCGGAAUACGAUCGGGAUUCUGUUUGUCUAUCUGGUUGGCCUUGCAGUCACGGCAAUUAGCAUUGUCAGAAUAUUUCACGUCCGUGACUUUGAAUCGACCUUCAAUACAACCUACAGCUACAGCUUCCUGGGCUUGUACAGCGGUGUUGAAGUAUACCUGAGCCAAAUAUGUUGCUGCGCCCCCGGCAUUGUCGGUCUGGCCACACGACUAUCUACAUCCAGUUUCAGCUCUCUCGGCUCCAAGAAGUCCUCUCGAGACAGUAUCAGAAUCAGUGCCCCUCUUCAGGCUGCCGAAAGACACGAUUUCGCGACUAUCAAUACACCACGAGAAGCACCUUCCGAUCUGGAAAAGGCCAAGUACUCUGGCGAUGGCGAUUACAUGUUCGACGAUGAAGACGGUGCUCCACCGCCCGUGAUCCAGAGAUCAUCACACAACUCGCACGCCCUCGCUGCCAAAACGUCCUUCGAACCCAUUAUCGAAAGAGUCUCCAACUCCCGAUCCCAACGUCCCAUGACCUACCGCAGCUCCGCCACAACCGCAACACGAAAUUAUCGCGACUCCGGCACCGAUGCCCGCACUCCAGAUAUCCUCUAUCAAGACCACCAAAACCAACUCCGCCUCGAGAUCCACGACCCACCGGACGAGCCCAUCAAAGCCAAACUCCAAUACGUCGACAAAGCCUCCGGCGUCCACGACCUCGAACUGCAUGGCCGUCCACGCUCUCAACAACAAGGUUCAUUUCUCACUCGCCCGAGCACAGCAAUCCUCGCCAAUUCCGCUCCAAUUCGCCCAAACACCGCUCCUUCCCCCGGAAGCGAAGAAUUCACUACCACAACAACGUCCUCAGACUACGACGACAACUCCACAACCUCAAGCCGCAGCAUCUCCACAAUUGACUCUCCUGCAACAACGACCGCCCCACCUCCAGCCUCAUUCUUCUCACAACCUGCAACAAACACGACUAAGCCCUCAAACUCAACACCUACCACCUCGACACUCUCCCCCCGCCUCAGUGCCCUCCUCCAACAAUCCAAUAACCUCCUCAACAGACAACCUUCCCUCACAGCCAUGGGCCCAACAACAAAUCCCACAAAGAGACCCGAGUCCUCAUCCUCAGCACGACCAUCCCUCACCGCAAUGGGACCAACUAAAAGACCCGAAUCCUCAUCUUCAGCCGCAACAGCUACAGCUCCCGCUCCCACGAUAUCGGGAUCAAAAAGAAACAGCAACAAUACAACCACAACCUCCAACAUAAAUACAAAUACCAAUCUGACUGCUGCUUCUCGUCCUGGAAACGGCAUCCAAGAAGAAGACCGCACCGUCUCCGAAGAAGAGAAACUAGCAGAUUUGGCGAAUGCGCAUAAAAUUCUGACGGAAGAGGGUGGGAUGUCAGGGAGUGGAGGUGGAGUACCCGUCGGGAAUAGCAAUGGGUCGAAUCAUACACUUUCGACGAUUGAUGGGUAG